AUGGUCCCCGCCGCCCCAACCUGGGCCUUGUUCUGGGCCCUGCUGCUGCUGGAUCUGGGCGCUGGGGCGGUGGGGACCGAGGAGCACGCGGCUGUGUCCACCCCAAGGCCCAGUUCCCGCAGCCCAGCCCGCACCUACAGCUCCCAGCUGAGCCGCAGCACCAGCCCGGCCCGGAGGGACACGACGGUGGAGGAGGGCGAGGAGGACGACCUCAUGGUGGUGGCAGACCAGAGGGUGGGCCCAGCCACAGCCGAGCUCCUGGCCUCCACGGCGACAGGCCUGAUCCGCACCAUCCCAGACGAGGACGAGGACGACACCCUGGAGGAGGGCAGCGUGGUGGUCAACACCAGGAAGACCACAGAGGCCGAGGAGGACAUGUCCAGCACCGCAGGGCCCAGCCCCGCCUUCCCCUCCAAUGUCCAGGAGCCUGAGAUCAGGAUGACCACGACAGACAAGACCCAGGACAGCCCUGGCACGUCCAGCAUCUCCACGGCCUCCUCCUCCUCGGUGGACGAGCCCUACUCGGAGAACACGGAGGGCACCGAGAGCACACUGACCACCCUGAACAGAUGGACCACCUACGGGUCCACCCCAGAGCGCUGGAGGUCACCCCCACCCAUCCACAUGCCGCCCCCCGAGGACCUCAGGCUGGUGCUGCUGCCCUGGGGCCCUUGGCACUGCCACUGCAAGGCUGGCACCAUGACCCGCUCCCGGGCUGGCAAGCUGCAAGGCCUGUCCGGCCGCCUCCGGGUGGGGGCCCUGAACCAGCUUCGCACAGAGCACAAGCCUUGCACCUACCGCCAGUGUUCCUGCGACAGGCAGCGGGAGGAAUGUCCCCUGGACGACAGUGACUAUCCCCCUGCCAGCUCCACCAGCAAGCCCAGACCCACCAGCAAGCCCACCAGCAAGCCCACCACCAAGCCCACCCCUCGGCCCAGAACCCCACCCCUCUUCAGGCCCAGAAAGGGUUCGGCUCUGGUGUUCUGGAAGCGGGUCAGGAUUGGGCUGGAGGACAUCUGGAAUAGCCUGUCUUCGGUGUUCACGCAGAUGCAGCCAAUAGACAGAAACCGGAGGUAA